CUCCAGAGAGCUGCAGAGAGGCUCCCUCCCCAAGCCCCAAGCAGACAGCUAUAGCCAGCCGGACUUGAGGAGCGCCAGUGUUGAUUCCCAAGGAUGGAAGGGGGACCCUGGAGCGCAACUGACUUCAAGAUAGUUUUCUGGCAGACACAGCGAGCUGACUGGGGCAUCUUUCCGUGCUCGCUCCCCUGUAAGCCCUGAGUCUACACAGGACACCUGACAGCUAGACCUGCUCUCCGGACUGCUUAUGCUGCAGGCUGCCCGAGAUCAGCGCACACGCUGCCAGCUGCAACCCAAACAAAGACAGAGCCAGCUCAGAAGCACAGAAGCUGCAAGUCUAACAGUCAGCCCCUCCCUGCGAACAAAAGAAUCAGAGAGGACUGCAGUGUGCUGAAUUGGACAGCAGAGGGAGACAAAGGGAUAUGGAUCAGAUAUGAUAGGGGGAGAGUCCCUGAAGAACUAGAGAAUUUCCAAAAGAAUCAAACAGCACAGAGGACCUGCCCUGACAAGGAGUGGAUCCCAUACUUAGGUUAUUGUUCCAACAUGACCAUGUGGAUGCGCUUCCUGCCCCUGCUGGCCCUGCUCUUCCUCUGGGAGCCCCACCCUGCCCAGGCAUUUGUCAAACAGCACCUUUGUGGUUCCCACCUGGUGGAGGCUCUCUACCUGGUGUGUGGGGAGCGUGGCUUCUUCUACACACCUGUGUCCCGCCGUGAAGUGGAGGACCCACAAGACUCAACAUCACCCCCUUCCAGCCCUGCCGCAACAUCGUCGCCUCGGCUGGAGGGCCUGAGCACCACAACCAGAACACCCCCUACUUUGGAGGAGGCUGCUAAUAUUGACCCAGCCAGCGGAUCAUCGUCCGGGCAAUUUCGGAAGAGAGUCUUGGGCACCAGUGACUCCCCGGUCCUCUUUAUCCACCGUCCGGGAACUUCAGGAACUACGCGACUAGAGUACAGGGGCCGAGUAGUUACCACUGAGCUCACUGUGCAAGACGAGGAGGAGGAGGAGGAGGAAGAGAACGACUACGACGAUUGCAGACCCCUAACCCAGGGUUCUGCAUCUCCUAGGGCUAAACUUCUUGCCCAGCCAGAGCCGCAGAAGCCUAAGUCAAGGCCUGUGCCACCAAAGCCUGAGCCGAGGCCUGUGCCACCUAAGCCUGAGCCAAGGCCUGUGCCACCGAAGCCUGAGCCAAGGCCUGUGCCACCAAAGCCUGAGCCGAGGCCUGUGCCACCAAAGCCUGAGCCGAGGCCUGUGCCACCAAGGCCUGAGCCGAGGCCUGUGCCACCGAGGCCUGAGCCAAGGCCUCUGCCACUGAAGCCUGAGCCGAGGCCUCUGCCACCGAGGCCUGAGCCGAGGCCUCUGCCACUGAGGCCUCUGCCACUGAGGCCUCUGCCACUGAGGCCUGAGCUGAGGCCUCUGCCACCGAUACCUGAGCCGAGGCCUCUGCCACCUAGGCCUGAGCUGAAGCCUGAGCCUGAGCCUGAGCUUGAGCCUGAGCCUGAGCCUGAGCCUGAGGCAAAACCUGAGAAGAAACAGGCUAGAGCAUCCCGAGAAUCCAGCCCCGUGCCCAAGUGCUGUGGCCUGUGGCCCAAGAGAUCCCCGCGCUCCCAGAACUGAAUGAAACCUCCGAAACCUCCCACCA